GUUUCGGUUAAGGUUUUUUAACCGGUGUUUCAAAGCUUUUGGUUUCGGUUCCAGUUCCGGUGUCGGUGCACACGAAUUGCGUACCAAGUCAGGUAAACGAACCCUUUUGAACGAAUUGCGUCCCAGAUGCAAUUCAUAUUGUGGUAGAUUAUAUGUCAUAAACCAAGUAUUGAUUAACAAUGGUAAAGAAGCACCUCUUGGAACGGCACCUUGGAAUGUUGGAAUAUAUAAAUUAAAUAAAACAAAUUCCAAUCAUAACUUGAUUUGUGGAGGAUCAAUUAUUGCUCCAAAUUUAGUCGUUUCUGCGGCCCAUUGUUUUUGGCGAAAAGGUAUGUUUUCUAAGAAAAUAUCAAUAAACGACGGUCUUUACAAAAUUGCUGUAGGAAAAUAUUCUAGAAAUUUUUCAGUAAUUGACAGUGAUUUUACUCAAAUAAUUAAUGUGGAAACUGUGAACCUGAAGGAAGAUUACUAUGGACCUGCUGGGUUUCAUGCUGAAGAUAUAGCUAUUAUUGUGUUACAAAACAGAGUUUCAUUUAGUAAUGGUGUUGCACCUGUUUGUAUCGAUUGGGAUGGUAAAUACAAUGUUAGCAAUGGAGAUCUAGGAAAGAUGGUUGGUUGGGGAAAAACUGAAAAAGGCAUUUCAAGUCCUAUUUUAUUAGAAGCAUCUUUACCAUACAUCGACCAUGAUUCUUGCCGGAAUAUGUAUACAGACGGAUUUGAAUCAUUUGUGACUGUUGAUAAAUUUUGUGCCGGUUCUGCAUUGGUUUCAGGACAAGGAGUGAAUAGGGGAGAUAGCGGUGCAGGCUUAUGUUAUUUACACUCUAAUUCUUAUUAUUUAACCGGAGUAGUGAGUAUAAAGGAUCCAAAAACAAAAAACUCAAUUGCUGUUUUUACAGAAGUUAAAUAUCAUAUCCAAUGGAUUCGUGAACUGUAUAACAAAUAUAACUAAGUCCAAUAAGAUUAGGUACGGUAGUGUUAUUAAAGUAAUUUAUUCCAAUUGUAAUUGAAAUCAAUAUUUUAUAAAAUAAAACAAUACGUUUUUAA